GGGAAAGCAAAAAUGCAUACGCAACGGAGCAAGUGGACACUCCCAGCCAAUCCUACCCUGCCCAGUGCCCACCCAAAUAUAGAUACUUACAUUUGGCUGAAAACCUAUUACGGAGUAUUUCUCUAAGGACACAGAAAAAGCAGAAAGAAAAUGGCAAAGUUGUUCCUACAGCAAGCGAAGCUGUACUCGGAGGGAAGACCCACCUACCCCCACCAACUCCUCGACUUCAUCGCUUCCAAAACCCCUCGCCGCGACCUCGUCUGGGACGUCGGCACCGGCAGCGGCCAGGCUGCCAUCUCUUUAGCUGAGAAAUACAAGAAUGUGGUUGGCACAGACACCAGCCCAAACCAACUCCAGUUUGCACCAGAACUGCCUAACGUCCGGUAUGUCUGCACCCCGCCGAACAUGUCACUACCCGAUCUGCAGACCAACAUUGGGCCGGAAUCGAGCGUCGAUUUAGUGACAGUCGCGCAAGCCCUGCACUGGUUUGAUCUCCCCACCUUCUACCAGCAAGUGAAAUGGAUACUCAAGAAACCCGACGGGGUCAUCGCGGCGUGGUCCUACCACUUGCCACAGGUCAGCGACUCGGUAGACUCCGUUUUCCAUAGAUAUUACGCUUCUUCGGGUCCUUUCUGGGACCCGGCGAGGAAACUGGUGGACGAGAGGUAUAGAACCAUUGAUUUCCCAUUUGAACCGGUGGACAGAUGUGAGGGGAACGGGCCUUUUGAAUUCAAGGCGGAGAGGUUGAUGGAGCUGGAGAGCUAUUUCACGUACAUAAGGUCGUCUUCGGCAUACCAAACCGCGAAAAAUAAGGGUGUGGAGCUUCUGGGAAAUGAUAUUGUUGAAGACUUCACAAGAGCUUGGAAUGAAGGCGGCGAAGGUCAGAAGAAGAUUGUUUCAUUUCCUGUUUAUCUCAGGAUUGGGAAAGUUGGGAACUUGGAAUGAAUGAAUGUCUGUAAACCAUAAAAGAAAAAUUGAACAAUAACACUCCUACUCUGCACAAUUUACAAUUUACCUUACCAUUUUAAUGGUUAGUGGCUUACUGAGUUUCUGCUGAUGGAUUGGCUAAAGAAUCUGUGCUAGUUUGGUUUUUAGUUAUAUUAUGUUGUAUUUUUGCAAAUAAAUCAUGGUGUGCAUAUAUAUGUUAGCAUCUUGCUCGUUUCUCAUUUUCCUCAAGGGUACCCAUUUUCCUUUUAA